AUGCUGUCAUCAUUAGUUUCAAAUAAACUUGAAAAGUGGCCAGAAACAUUUGAAUCCGUUCAAAAUACCAAAGAUAUUUGCAAAAACCCGAAAUAUAGGGAGAUAUACAGGAAGUCCAUUGAAAAUCCGGAACAAUUUUGGAGUGAAGUAGGGACACUUCUAACUUGGACUAAACCAUGGAAAAAAGUUAUGGAUAAUUCUAAUGAACCUUUCACUAAAUGGUUUGUCGGGGGAGAACUAAAUGCUUGUUACAACGCACUGGAUCGUCAUGUACAUGGGGGAAGAGGAAGAAAGGUUGCCCUCAUUUACGACAGUCCACUAAUACAGGCAGCUCAGAAGGUGACAUAUGAUGAACUUCUUGAUAAGGUUUCACGUAUGGCUGGCGCUCUCAGCAAAUUUGGAGUAAGAAAAGGCGAUCGGGUAGUUAUAUAUAUGCCGGUCAUUCCUGAAACUGUUAUAGCCAUGCUAGCAGUGGCUCGUUUGGGUGCCGUACACUCUGUUGUAUUUGGAGGUUUUGCGGCUAGCGAACUUGCCAUCCGUAUAGAACACGCAACUCCAAAGAUAAUUAUUGCUGCCAAUUGUGGAAUUGAACCUGGUAAAGUUAUCAAUUAUAAAAAAAUUCUCAGCGACGCGUUAAAAAGUAGCUCAUUUAAACCUAGCAGAUGCAUAAUCUUUGAACGGCGUAACAUAGAGAAAGCUACGUUAGACCGUAAUACCGAUACUCUAUGGGAUGAAGUCUUAGAUAGUAGUGGACCUCAUCCCUGUGUUUCAGUUGAAGCCAACGAUCCGUUAUACAUUUUGUAUACGUCAGGAACUACAGAUAAUCCAAAAGCUGUACAAAGGUCAGUUGGUGGCGGCUUAGCAUCAGUCGCGUGGUCUAUCAAACAUACGUACGGAAUGGAGAAUGAUGACGUGUGGUGGGCGACCAGCGAUUUUGGGUGGGUUUUGGGACAUUCUUUCAUGUGCUACGGUCCCUUGGUGAACUGUUUAACAAGUGUUUUGUAUGAGGGAAAACCAGUUCGAACUCCUGAUGCUGGUCAAUAUUUUCGAAUUAUAGAGAAAUAUCGCGUGAAUGCUAUGUUCACGGUUCCAACAGCUUUACGGGUUAUUAAACGAGAAGAUCCACAUUCCCUUAUUGGGAAGCAAUACGAUACCAGUAGUAUGAGGAAUAUGUUUUUGGGAGGGGAACAUUUAGAUUACGAAACUAGAAUAUGGGCAAAAAAUGCGUUCGGGAUUCCUAUAUUAAACCAGUGGUGGCAAACAGAAACCGGGUAUUCGAUUACAGCUACGUGUGUGGGAUUUGAUCAAGACUUACGACCGCCUAAGUUGACCGUGGGAUUGCCUUUUCCAGGAUAUGAUGUGCGCGUGUUGAAAAAAACUGGAUUUGAAGCCAAACCGAACGAAAUAGGAGAUAUAGUGGUUAAGCUACCUUUACCACCUGGAACGCUUAGUACGUUAUACAAAGCACAUUCCAAGUUUUGUCAAACUUACUACAGAAAGCAUCCUGGUUUCUAUUAUACUAUGGAUGCCGGUUACAUUGACGAAAAUGGAUACGUGUACAUAACAGCACGCGUGGACGACGUAAUUAAUAUUGCCGGUCAUCGAAUUUCUACAGCUGCAAUAGAAGAUGUGGUGAUGAGCCACCCUGAUGUAACAGAUGCUGCAGUUGUAGGAGUUUCGGACCCUAUAAAGGGACAAGUUCCACUAUGCCUGUUUAUAACGAGACAAAGUGAUAUGGAUAAAAACGAUAACAACAUCGGUAAGGAGUUGAUAACUAAAGUUCGCGGAUCUAUUGGCCCAGUAGCGGAUUUUCACUUAUUCGUGUCGAUAAAAGACUUGCCCCAUACAAGAUCCGGAAAGAUAUGCAGAAAAUUAAUCUCUAAAUUUGCAGACGAUCAAUUAUUCGAGAUUCCUGUAACAGUGGAAAAUCCCUCGUCAUUCGUGGACUUAGCGAAUGCACUUAAGAAAGUUGGUUACGCCCUUAAAAUUCCCCCUACGUUGGGUAUAUUGUAAAAUGUUGCUACGUGUGCUUGGGUCAGUC